CGCGCAUGCGCACACAGAAAAAGAAUAGAUGGCGAGGUCUUCGACGCGGGAUUUAUCCAUGGUUUCGAACUCUCAGGAAGAUAAGAUUUCUACAAUUUUUAUCGUGUCCCUUUCUUUUUUACCAAUAAUACCGCGUACAUCAGUUAAUACAAAACUCGAUUUUUCGCAUACGAACAAAUUCAUUUUAAAGCAAUUACGUAUCAAUCGUGUCCGUUACCUAUUAAUUAAUAUAUGAUAGUUUUUCCCACUGAAAUAUUUUCAUUAAUUAAAAUUAAACGACUAUUUAAGAUAAUUUAAAUUGUAGGAACGAAAUAACAAAAAUAUAUUAGUGCUUUAGUUCCGUUGAUAGCGUAGAAGAAAUCGGAGAAAUCCAAUCGAAAAUAGUGUCUUCUAUGUUAUGCCACAUAAGCUGUUUAAAACUUUUGUUUUAUUCGACAUUAGUUUAUAUAUUAUUUUAUUCUUGUAAAAAGGAUGAUUCAGGAAAUCAAUAUCAUAUAAUAUAAGUAUGUAUACGUGUAUACGACUCUAACUGCUCGUACAUAAGGUUAGGAUAAUAUAUAUAUAUAUACACACGGAUGCAUAUGUACCAUCUACAUUGUAGAUUUGCAACUGUAAUAUACACACUGUCGUCUUUUAAAGCGUACGUCGAUGAAGUGCAUUUUAAUUUUGUAAAGGCUUGUGGUUAUGCAACAGUAAAAUGAUAGUGGAACUUGCAAGAAAGUUACACAGAGUUAUUGCUCUUAAAUGGUUUUCCGUCUUCAGUUCAAAUAUAAAUCACUUACAUUAUUGAAAUGCUAAAUCGAAGACACUACGGAGGUUAGGAUGAGAAGUUUUACUAAUAUGUUGAAGAUGUUCGUCGCGUUUUUCUAUGAUUACGCACGAGGAUUAUCCUACACCAUCACUGCAAUCUUGGUUCUGUGCUAUUGUCUAAAUCCAGCUAGAUUUGCUUCGCAUUAUACGUUCAUAAAGACGGAGGAUAUCUACAAUGAGAUGGAGAGAUCAUACCCGGCAAGAGACAACUCUUGCACAGUUGCGAUUAAUACUAAAAGAUAUUUCAAUCGUUUGCUCUAUCCCGAGGAACAUCCUCGAGAAAGUCCAGUAACAAUGGCACGACGCUUAAGUAUAUUACCCGGAGGACAAUGGAAGCCUCUCAACUGCCAUCCUCUCUUCAAUGUGGCAAUUAUACUGCCUUAUCGUAACCGACAUACACAGCUUGCCAUUUUCAUGAACUAUAUUCAUCCUUUUUUGCAAGCUCAAAAUCUUGACUACAGAAUAUUUGUGAUAGAACAAAGUCCAAUGAGAGAAUUUAACCGAGCUAAGCUCUUUAACGUUGGGUAUACAGAAGCGACUAAAGUAAAUGAUUUUCAUUGCUUUAUUUUCCAAGACAUAGAUUUAAUACCUCAAAAUCCUAAUAAUAUUUAUGCCUGCACCAAAAUGCCCAGACAUAUGAGUUCGAGCGUGAAUACAUUCAGAUACAAUUUACCUUAUACUGGCUUGUUUGGCGGUGCGAUAGCACUUACGCGCAAACAGUUCGAAAGAGUCAAUGGAUUUUCCAAUGUUUUCUAUGGAUGGGGUGGCGAAGAUGAUGAUUUUUAUAGUCGUUUGCAAUCCAGAGGUUUUCAGGUCAUUCGAUUUGGUCCUGACAUUACUCAAUAUUAUAUGCUAACACAUAAAAAAGAAGUUCCAAGUAAUGCGAGAUUUGAGAAUUUAGAGACUGGUGCUAAGAGAUAUGAUACUGACGGAAUCAGUAAUCUAAAGUAUAGGGUUUUAAACCAUCAGUUGAGGCCGCUGUAUUCAUGGAUCUUAGCAGACGUGUAAAUUUUCACGUGUUCAAUGUUGUGAGUUCGCGAACAAACUUAGUUCUUUCAAGAUAUAUGUUGUAAUUUCAUUUGAUAACAAAGACAUUACCGCAGAGAGUUACAAAAACAUGCACAAAGAAAUGUUUUGUAAAAAUUUUCUGGUAGCUCGUAGAUCCAAGAGAGGUCGUUGUAGAAUUUUUUAUACAAGUAUUAUUCUGUAUAGUGUAUGUAUGUGAUAUUAUACCAAAGAUAUUGCCAUAAUAUGUUUAUAUCAUUAGUAUUUGGUGAUGUAAAACUAAAGAAAUGUUUCAUCGGUAAAAACGAUCUGUUGUGAUAUUACAUUUUAAAAACAAACAGGCAACAGUUCGUUCUCACAUCACGACGCAAUUUGUUAAAACUAAUUAUCUGCAGAGUCCAAUAAGUAGCAGAGACAGGUGUCCUAAAUUCCGUUUCUCUUUGUAUUCAUACGUUGUAUUGUGGAAGUCAAUUUUCAAUGAAAAUGCAGUUUUGAUAGUACAAAAUGUUCUUUAAGUAAAUAACAAAUCGUAGAAGAUUGAUGUAUCCCUUAUUUAUUUCUGGUUUGCUAGGCAGUUAAAAAUAAAAAUGUGCUGUUGAAUAGUA